AUGCCACCGUCGACGCGGGGGGGGCGUGGGCAGCUGAGCCUCGUCGCGCGCCGCACGCCACACGAUGCGCCGCAGGUGCACUCGACUGCUAAGAGGUCGGCGCCGCGCACCUCCCGGGCGCCUGUGCCGACCUCGCGCCCGCUGCGGCGCGCGACGAGCGCAGGCGCUCGUGCCAGCGCCGACGACGUCGACGGCCUGGCUGUGAACAAGCGCAAGAUCGCGGAUGUGCGCGCGUGGCUUACAGAGGCUCUGGAUGGUGCUCCAUCUCUGCGCAAGUACCGCCGCAUCCUCGCCUUGACGGGCCCCAGCGGCGCCGGCAAAAGCGCCACGCUGCACGCGCUCGCGCGCGCGACACAGCUGCACUUUGACGUGGUCGAGUGGGAAAAUUGCGAUGCACUCCUUGAGACAGGUGUGCGGCAGUCGUCCGUCGAGCGCUUUGCGGCGUUUCUCCAAGCGUCGGCGCGCUUUGCGCGCUUGGCCCUCGUGCCGCGCGGCCACGCCGGCGAAGCGCCGCCGCCGCGCCGCGUGAUCCUCGUCGAAGACUGGCCGAACGUGUCGCACGAAGAGACGCGGCAGCAGGUGCAUCGCGCCCUCGAGCAGUUUCUCGCCACGACGGGCGCGCCGCUCGUGCUCGUUGUGUCGGACGCACAGCCCCGCACCGAGGCAGACCCAUGGGAGGCGCUCGACUGGCGCGCGCGCCGCGCAUCGCAGAUGGACGUCCGCGCCGUGGUGCCUGACUCGGUGCAGCGGCACCCGGCCUUUUCAGAGAUCCGAUUCCCCCCGCUGACGACGCGUAUGAUCCAGAGCGCGCUGGCGGCGCAGGCGCCGCACAUGCCGCAGGCCGUGCUGGCCGACGUGGCCGCAUCGUCGGCUGGCGAUAUACGGAGCGCGAGCACGAGUGUGGCCCUUCUACAGGAUGCGCCAACGACCGAGGCGCUCACGAUGCGGGCCUCGGCGCUCGUUGUCUUCCACGCAGUCGGUCGUGUGCUGUACAACAAGCGCGAGGGCGACCCGGGUCUCGAGGCGCCGCCUGCGCCGCGCCCCACGCUUACGCACCCGUUCCGCGCGACGCAGCGCCCGUCGCUCGUGGACGUCGAGCAGCUGUGGGCCCAGCUGCCGGUCGAUGCCUCGGUGUACCAGCUGUACCUCUUCCACAACCUGCCGGCCUUUGUGAACGAGGUGGACGACAUGGCGCCUGCCCUCGAGUCGUUGAGCGAGGCGGACGCACUCGCUGCGUGUGCCGAUGUCCGCGGGCAGGCGGCGGGCACGCAGUAUCUGUACCAGCUCACGGUCCGUGGUCUUCUCGCGUCGCUGCCGUCGCCGGUCGCGCGCCGUGGGCAGCAGCUGACCAAGCCCGCGCACUGGGACCUCGCUGCACGUGCGCGCGCGUGCGACGACGUGCUGCAGGCGCUGCGCAGGCCGCCCGUGGACGAGCGCUCGCCGUUCCAUGCGCCGCGCGCGACGUACCGGCCGGCCGAGUGGGCGAUGGACCUGCUGCCCUACGCGGCGCGCAUCGAUGCGCCUACGUGGGGCGCGCUGGCUGCGCCGCUCAUCCAGCUGCGCGAGGCACCUACGCUGGACGAGGCACUGCGCGAGGACGCGCCGGAGGCGCUGGAGCUGGAGCCGGUGCCGCCCCAGAGAGGGGCCCCGAACGCGGCGCGCGCGCUGAGCCUCCACAGCGACGACCUCGCAGGCUCGUCCGACGAAUUGGAGGACCUCGGCUAA